AUGACGAGCAAGAAGAAGAGCAACGCAGCGACCUCGACCUCGACCUCGACCUCAAGCACGAACUUGUCGGCCGCGGCAGCGUAUGGCGCGUUGGUCGUGCGGGCGGUUGUCGUGGUGGCCUUGGCCGCGUGGGCCGCGUGGAGCGUCGAGCCGCUGCUGCACGACAGGCACGCCGUACCGCGACACGACCACCAGCCAUCGCCCCAGCACAUCCGCAACGCCCAGGGCCUCUGGCUGCACCACUACGCCUGGCUGCCUCCCGCCUCCUCUGCUUCCCUCAAGGGAGUGAUGUUCUACUCGCACGGGUUUGGGGACCACUGCGGCCGGUACCACGAGUUCGCGCAGCUAUGGACCAACAACUCGUUCGCCUUCUUCUGCCUCGACCACCAAGGCCACGGACAGAGCGAGGGCGAGCGCGUGUACAUCGAAGAAUUCGACGACUACAUCGCCGACUACACCCAGUUCCUGGACACCAUCCUCCAGCAGCACCCGCACCUCAAGGCCCUCCCGCGCUUCCUCUCCGGAACGUCGAUGGGAGGCACGAUCGCGACGCUGGUGGCCAACGAGCGGUCGUCCUUCUUCAACGGCGUCAUCCUGCUGGCGCCGGGCAUCAUUCCCGACCCGCGCUCGGCCGCGCCCUGGCAGAUCGAGGCCGCCAGGUUCUUCUCGCACUACGUACCCAAGCUCAAGGUGGGCGCGCUCGAUGACGACAACAUUGUCGCCGACAAGGACCGCUAUCGCGCGUUCAUGGCGGACCCGUUGGCCUACAAGGGCUACGUGACGGCGCGAUGGGGCGCGCAGAUGCUGGGGGCCAUGGACAAGAUCAAGAGCGAGGCCGCCACCAAGACGACCUACCCCUUCUUCGUCAUCUACGGCACCGACGACAUCGCCACCAACAUGGCCGGCGGCGAGUACCUCAUCCAGAACGCCAAGAACAGCAAGGACAAGCAGGCCAAGUACUUCGAUAACUGGAAGCAUGCCCUCCUGCAGGAGCCCUCGCGCCAGCUUCUCUUCGCCGACCUAGUCGAGUGGGUCAAGUCGCGCAGCUAA